AUGCCCAUUACGAUGCCGGGGAAGGAGGAGGAGAAGAAGGAGAAAAAGGAGAAUAAGGGGAAGGAGGAGAAGGAGAAGGAAAAGGAGGAGGAGGAGGAGGAGAAAAAGGAGAAUAAGGAGAAGGAGGAGAAGGAGAAGAAAAAGGAGAAUAAGAAGAAUGAGGAGAAAAAUGAGAAUAAGGGGAACGAGGAUGAGAAGGAGGAGAAGGAGGAAAAAGAGGGGAAUAAGGGGAAGGAGGAGGAGAAGAAGGAGGAGGAGAAGAAGGAGGAGGAGAAGGAGGAGAAAAAGGAGAAUAAGGGGAAGGAGGAGAAGGAGAAGGAAAAGGAGGAGGAGAAAAAGGAGAAUAAGGGGAAGGAGGAGAAGGAGAAGAAAAAGGAGAAUAAGAAGAAUGAGGAGAAAAAUGAGAAUAAGGGG